GUGCUGUCCUCAGGCGAAUCCAAGUCGCAUUGAAAUUGUGGGGUGGAAACAAUGAGCGCUACCGCGCCUGAAAAUGCAGAACGCGCGGCCGUGCUCCAGGCGUACCGGAGCAAGGUGCUCGAGCACCGUGAGGUCGAGGGCCGGGUGAAGAGCAUGCGUGAAAAUGUCAAGACCUUGGUCAAGGAGUACCAUAAAACCGAAGAUGACUUGAAGGCACUUCAGAGUGUCGGGAUGAUCAUCGGCGAAGUUUUGCGGCAGCUCGACGAAGACCGUUUUAUCGUCAAAGCCAGCAGCGGUCCCCGCUACGUGGUGGGAUGCCGAACCAAAGUCGAGAAGGACAAGUUGAAAAGCGGAACGCGUGUCGCCUUGGACAUGACGACGUUGACCAUCAUGCGAUACCUUCCCCGCGAAGUCGACCCGACUGUGUACCACAUGCUCAACGAAGAUGCAGGAAAUGUGUCCUUCUCCCACAUUGGGGGAUUGAACGAACAAAUCCGCGAACUGCGCGAAGUCAUUGAGUUACCCUUGACGAACCCAGAACUGUUCCUCCGCGUUGGGAUCAAGCCACCGAAGGGCGUGCUGCUGUACGGCCCCCCUGGGACCGGCAAGACUUUACUCGCCCGAGCUUUGGCGUGCAAUAUCAAUGCCACGUUCCUGAAGGUCGUUGCUAGUGCCAUCGUGGACAAAUACAUCGGUGAGAGUGCGCGCGUGAUCCGUGAAAUGUUUGGGUACGCUCGCGAUCAUCAACCAUGCGUCAUCUUCAUGGAUGAAAUCGAUGCGAUUGGAGGGAGCCGUUUUUCGGAAGGCACGUCGGCGGAUCGUGAAAUUCAGCGCACGCUCAUGGAGUUGCUCAACCAGCUCGAUGGGUUUGACUCACUUGGUCAAGUAAAGAUGGUGAUGGCGACAAACCGACCGGAUAUUCUCGACCCUGCGCUUUUGCGUCCAGUGCGUUUGAGCCGCUUUCACUACCAAUCGCAUCUCAGCCUUGAUGUUGCUGUAGGGUCGAUUGGAUCGCAAGAUUGAGAUUCCUUUGCCCAACGAAGCAUCUCGCAUGGACAUUUUGAAGAUCCACACUGGUCCUAUCACGAAGAAAGGCGACAUUGGUAAGCAGCCACAUCGUUAACCUCCUUCAAGCCUUGUCGUCUUCUUCACGCUUGCUGGUAGAUUACGAGUCUAUUGUCAAAUUGACGGACGGGUUUAAUGGUGCCGAUAUCCGCAACGUGUGCACGGAGGCCGGUGUAUUUGCAAUCCGCGCCGACCGCGACUAUGUGGUCGAGGAAGACUUUAUGAAGGCAGCACGCAAGCUGGCCGAGACCAAGAAGCUUGAGAGCAAGAUGGACUACAGCAAGGUCUAGAUUUAGAAGUCGGUUAAUGCCCAUCUAUCGUAUGUCCUCUUGGCACAAUACCGCGAUUCUCGGCGGCUGCCGCG